GCAACGAGGCAAGGUCAUUAGAGGUCACAUUACCAAAAUGUUUUGGAUUUGUAAUGACUAUAUUUCCGUGUAAAAAGAAGAACCAACUAUGCAAAUUACCUUAGUUAUAUUUCAGGAAAUUAAGACAAAAACUCAUAAUGCGGUCCUGCCCUGUACGUGUGUUUAUCUAAUAUGACGUGAUAAUGUGGUUGACCUUGUACCAAGUAACCUAAAAUAAAAUAAAUUGCUAGAAUUUCUAACAGUAAACGGCAGGGUGUGCGGCAUUUAAGUUUUCCCGCCAAUGGCAAUGAUGUAACGAAUGAUAACACUUCCUGCAGUUACUGCUGUACAUUCAAUUACCAUAAACAAAGUGAAAUCAGGAACACAUUUACUUUCUAUCUACAAUGGAGAGCCUAAACCCAGCAGAAGUAUUAAAAUAUUUAGAAUUCGUUAAUGACCUAAAACAUUUACCAAGAAGGGGCUGGAUAUUCUCCAAAGUGAAAGACCAUGAAACCAUAUCAGGCCACAUGUAUGCCAUGGGCCUGAUGACAUUCCUCUUGGGUAAUGACUCAAAAUUGGACCGGCUAAAGUGCCUUCAGUUAACACUUGUACAUGACUUAGCGGAGGCUAUAGUAGGUGAUAUAACCCCACACGAUAAUGUACCUGAAGAUGUUAAACAUCAAAAGGAAGAUGAGGCCAUGAAGGAAAUCACUAGCCAUAUUGGUGAAGCCGGUAAACUAAUUUACAACCUCUACAAAGAAUACGAAGCAAAAGAGACCCCCGAGGCGAAAUUCGUAAAAGACCUCGACAGGUUCGAUUUACUGUUCACGGCGGCCAGCUACGAGAAGCGAGACAACGCCCCAUUGAAGUGUCAAGAAUACUUCGACGAAAUCGACGAGAGCAAGUUCACCAACCCUUACGUGAAGAAACUGGUGGUCGCUUUGAAAGAGAGCAGAUUGAAAACUCCCAACUCGAUCGGGAUGUCUGAACCGCACUAGGUACGUCGUUUCAGUCUAAGUAUUUAUUUUAUUUUUAUAACAAUUUUAAUUUCGUAUUGAUGUAAAUUGUGAUUUAUUUCCCUUAUAUAAGGGAGAAUUAAUAAAACGUUCACCAAAGAUUCACGUUUAUUGGGAACAUAAAAUUUAUAUUCUCUAGUCGCAUUGCAUGUAUAAUUAAGAAACUGUGCACAUACUUUAUUUUGCUACAAAGAUAUGAAAACAUUGCCAAUGUAUAACAUAAGAGAUAACAAUAAAUUUCAAAAUAAAAAAUUAAAUUUG